AUGGUAUUUUCAGAUUUCAUUACAUUCCUUGAAAAGCUCACAAAGAAGAUCAAUUGCAAUGAUGUUUACUACUGUCUUCCACAUGAAAGGUUGAGUGAAGGGUUAGGAGUAAUUCAGAAUGAAGGAGAUUACAGAGAGUUCCUUGAGGUUGGUAAUGGAAGCCAAGAAAAAAGAAUUAAUGUGUACAUUGAUCAGUACAAUGAACCCAUUUUCGAUUGGAUCGAGGAGGAGAAUCCUGAUCAAUAUGAUUCGGUUGUAGAGGAUGAAGACGAAGUUGAUGAUUCUACAUUUUCGGACGCGAUUUUACCUGACCAUGAAGAGGAUGAGGUGGUGUCAAGUAAGAAACCACUUGAUGAUUCAUUUCUUAAUGCCCUUUGUCCUAACAAGAAAUCAGAAGAUGGUUCCGAAACAGAUGCAACAGGCGAAGAAGUUGAUGUGAAACCAAUGUAUCCCGUCCAUGAUCCAAACCAAAAUUAG